AUGAAAAGUAAGCCUAACUUAAAUAUAACUGUAAAGGGUGCUAAAUUGCUUCAAGAUCUUGAUGAAUAAAAAGGGAAGGGCAAAUAGGAUCCAUAAGUCAGUAUUCAAUUAGGGGCAUAGAAGUUCAAAACAAAAACAGCUACAAAUUAAGGAAAAGUUCCAAUUUGGAAUGAAACCUUUUAAUUUGUCUAUGAUCCUAAAAAUUCUAGCUUAAAAGUUAAUGUAUAUGAUGUGGAUCCACAAAAGAAAAAUUCAGAAGAAAUUAUUGGAGAGGGAGUUCUGAAUUUAUAAAAUGCAGAGACAGCUCCUGAGUGGUUAGUUUAGGUUCCUUUGUACAAAGAUUAAAAUGAUAUGGGAUCAUUAGAAUUGGAAUUUGAUUUUAUUGGAAAGAAGAAACCAGCUGCUAAAAAAGAUAAAAGUGAAUUAGGUUCAGAAAGAUAAUUAGAUAAAUCUAAUAAUAAUUCUAUGUCUUCUAAAUAGGAAUUAAAAUAAUAAUAAGAUAAUAAUUAUGAUUUUCAAACUGUUAAUAUAGAAGCUCAAUAAGCAGAAUUGAAUAAAUGGAUAUAAUAAAUAAAAGACAGAGAAUAUAUAAAUACUCUAAAAUAUUUAGAAGAUUCAAGACUAUAGGCUGCUAUAGAGAGAGCUUUGAAUUAAGUUGCCGAACAAAAUCCUAAAGAUUAAAUUGAUUAUUUUGCUGAUUGUUUAUUAAAAUUUAAGUGAUAAUGACAAGCAUUUCAUAUAAUGCAAAAAAAUUAAGACCUUUCAAAAUAUAAAGGGAUGCCUUGAUAAAUGAUCUUAAUAAAUUAUCACUAGAAUACCAAGAGGAAGAAAAGUUAAAUGAUGUCUAUUUUGAUGAAAUAGGAAAAGCAGAAAAAGUAUUUUUACAACAUUAUAUAGGAAUAUGAUGCAUUAUAAAAAUAGCUUGAGUAGCAUCAGAAAUUACAUUAGGAUAAAACAUCAGGUCCUGUUACAUAGGAAUCUCAGGGCAUUGAUGCUAAAUUAGAAUAUGAAGUCAUUAAAACACUAAAAUUAUUUCUCCUCAACAUUAGCAAGAAAGAAACAUUAGAAGUAAUUUAAGAAAAAGAAAUAGCAAAAAGAUUAUAACGAAAUCAAAACUUCCAAUUAACUUUGAAUCCAAAACAAGAUGAAGAAAAUGCUAAGGUUGAAGAGGAUGAACUAGAUAAUGGAUAUUAUAUAACAUUAAGAAAUUAAUGUAAUUCUGUCUAGGUCAAAGUACCUGGUACAAUUAAAACAUUUAGAGAGUUGAAGUAAAUUGUUAAAUCUUGUUUUAUGGCAGAAGAUAAUGAAAUAUUUUAUACAGAUUAGAUGGGUAAUUUAUUAUAAUUUGAAAUGAAUGUACUAAAUGAAUUAUAUCCACCAAUCUAUGAAUUACUUAGAAACUAUGAACCUACUGUUGGAGUUUAACUUAUAAAGUAAAAGAAAUAAAAAGAAGAUAGAAAUAAUGUAUCUCAAUUUGAUGAAGUUUUAUUCACAGAAGCUUACCCUGAAGGAUUAACAAAAGUUUUUAGAUAAACUAGAAGAUUGGAAAAUAAAAUGGAUUGGUCAUUAUAUUUAGGAUAUUUAAACAAAGUUAAAUAUUUUUUUGAAUCUUGUCUCUUUAUAAUAUUACUGUUUUUAUUUAUAUAUACAGAAAUUAACCAAAUCAAAUUUGUUACUAAUACUCAAAUUUUAGCUUCAUUUUAAAAUUCAUAUCCUAUUUAAAGAUCUUACCCUAUACCUGUAUUUAAUUUAUCAUCCCUAAUUUACUAAACUUUAGCAGGAGAAAAUGAUAUUCACUAUUUUUACAAUUACCCUUUAAAAUCAGGAUUAUUAAUAUAAAAAUUAGUUUAAGAAGAAAAUAUAGAUGAUUGUCAUAUUUUGAAUACUAAAUAAAAAUCAAUGUUUUCAACAAAAAAUUAAAGUUGUUUAAAUUUUGAUGAAUUAUUUGUUGAAGACUUGGAUGGGGAUUAUACUCAAACUGAUUUUAAUCCAUCUAAAUAUGAUAAUUAUUAUGGAGGAUAUGUUUGGGAACUUAAUCUCACAGAUUAAAAUAGUUUCCAAAAUAGUAUUGAAUAGAUUAAAUCUUAAAAGUGGUUAAAAUACAAUAUUAAAUAAUCUUAAUUUAUUUUAAAUUACUUUAAUAGUCCAACUUAAAGAUUAAUAUAAGCAACAAUUACAACUCUAUAUCUAUUUAAUGAUGUAAAAUAUAUAUAAUAUUUAGGAAUUACUCAAUUAUAAUACUAUGUAAACACAAGCAUUUGAUUUAAAUUCUUCAACAGAUUAAGAAGUACUUGCUCAUUCUAUCAUGUUCUAUAUAGCUAUACUAUUAUUAGUUCCUUCAUUUUUUGGUAUUGGAUUCAAUAAUUAUUUUCAGAUUUUUUUGGAUUUUAUUUUAUAGGAACUUAAAAUACUUUAAUCCUUAUUUAUUUAUAAUAUAUGGAACUUUUAAACAGAAGAAGAAAGAUGUAAUCUAAAAAAAGAGACUUAGCACCACAAGAAGAAAGAGAAUUUUAAUAAAAAAAAUUAAUUGUCAGUGAUUUUUUCAUCUUCAAUUUAAAAGUGCUAUAUGUAGUAAUUAAAAUUCCAUUAAUAUUCGAUAUCAUUUGUAUUAAUAUUUAAAUAUUAUAGAUAUGUUAAGUAAUGUUAGCAUAUUAAUUAGAAGCACCAUAUCAAAAUCAUAUCAAGAUGAAUUAAGUUUAAUUGAUGUUGGUUCUAAUUCAUAUUAGGAUGUCUCCAAAUUAAUAACACCACUUUAUACUACUAGAAUAUAUGAUGGAAUUUAAAUGUUGUUUUUAAUGAUAGCUAUAAAUAGAUUUUUAGGGAAUUGGAGUCCUUAUUUAAAAUGUUAUGGAUUAGUUAUUAUUAGAGUAAUUAUGUUAUUGAUUAUUUAAGUUUAAUAAAGAAUCUUGGUUCUUACUUUUAGUUUUGAUAUUUAUUAUUAGCAUUUGUGCAAUGUCUUGGAGCAUUACAAUAUAAGGGAAAUUAGUAAAUCAUGAUAAUUUCUUUUAUUCAUUUAUUGGAUUAUUAAGAUGUACUCUUAAAUAUGGAAUGCAUAACGAUAUUGCAGAAUAAGGAUUUUAUAAUAAUUAUGUUAAGGAUAUAAGUUAUUCUUUUGAUACAAGAUAUGUAUUAUAUUAUUAUUAAAUUAGAUUCAAUAUGUUAUAGUUAUGGUUUUGACAAUGAUUAUGGUACCAAUAUUUAUUUCUUUGAUGACAUAAUAAGUACAUAAUACAAAAGAAGAAGCCAAAUAAAAGAUGAUGGAUUAUAAAAAAUGA